AUGAUGCCCUCGGGCAUCCCUGAAUAUGCCCCAGUCCUUUCCGAGAAGGAGGCGACAGAGGCUUUGAAGAAGUUUGUGAAAAAGAAUCGGACUCCCAAAGACCGAGCGAAAUUCAUGAGCACCCCAACUCCGAUGCCAGUCCCAGAGGAGCCUGGUGAGCUGCGUCCUGACGAGCGACGGCCAGAACCCUCAAUGACCCUCCCUGGAACGAUGCCAGGCCUUACCCUAGUUGCCGAUGCAGAUGCAUCCAUGAAGAAGCUGGUUGAAGAGAAGCUCGUGAAGUUUGACAUCUUCGACUCCAUAGACGAGGCAACAAGCGCUUGUGCACCAUAG